GCAUCAGGAUGUGAUAUUGUGGUAUUGGGGACUGACUUUGAAAGAUUACAGAUAAUCCCUGGAGCAAAACAUGGAAACAUUCAAGUGGGAUGUGUGGACUGUUCAAUGCAACAGGGGAAGAUUGCAGCUUCUUACGGAAAGGUGAUUUGUAUCUUUGAGCCAGUUACCCUCUUGAAGCAGAACAGCAAUUUAACAUUACACUAUCAGUGGCAGAAGAAUGCUCAAAUCUUACUGGAAACCAUAGCACAUAAUCUAACGUGGGAUCCCACAGGCACUCGCCUUUUGACUGGUUCCAGUUGUCUUCAGCUUUGGUCCAAUGUUCCUUUGGAAAACCCUUCUGACAAUGACAGUACUGAAAGAACAGAUGUUGGACUUGGAGAAUGGAGGUGUAUCUGGCAAAGCAAAACUGCUUCUCAAGUUUGUUUAAUGAAAUUCUCACCAGAUGGGGAGUUUUUUGCUACUGCUGGAAGGGAUGAUUGUCUUGUGAAAGUAUGGUACAGUGCAGACAACUGGCGAUCAGCCGUAACACCACCUGGCUCAAGUCCAGACAAGCAAAUGAAAGAAGUUGAUUUUUCAUUUGUUUAUUUGGCUCAUCCUCGAUCAGUAAAUGCAUUUUCAUGGAGGAAGACCAGUAAAUUCAUGCCACGUGGUGCUGUCUGCAAUGUACUCCUGACUUGCUGUAAGGAUAAUGUGUGUCGUCUCUGGGCAGAGACUUUGUUACCCAAUGACAGUCUGCUGUAUGGUGGAGGAUACAACAGUUGGAGUGAAGCAGUGAACCUCACAAAUAACUUGAAAAGAAAUACUUCAAGUAAGGAAAAAGUGCAAAAUGCUUUAGAGUUAAACCUGAGACACUUUCGACGAGGGAGGAGGAGGUCGGGUGCUGUUGUAGCACAUACUGGAUAUGCUCCACAUCAGCAAGAUCCCCACGAAGUUCACAGGAACAUCCCUCCUCAUGCAAAUGCACUUUGUCACUUCCAUAUUGCUGCCAGUAUCAAUCCAGCCACAGAUAUUCCUCUACUCCCUUCUAUUACAUCUCUGAGUCUUGGUGAAAAUGAAGAAAAAAGUGGGCCUUUUGUUGUGCACUGGCUAAACAAUAAAGAACUUCAUUUUACCUUAUCCAUGGAAGUAUUUUUGCAACAACUUAAAAAGAGUUUUGAACAUCAUUCUCCUGAGACUAACACUGAGGAAUCUAAUCAAAUGGAUGGCAGAGGAGAAGAAGAUGAUGAAAAUGGAGAUGAACAAAAAGGAAAUCAAGAAAAGGAGGAGCUUGGUGAUGAGAAAGCUACUGCAAAUUCAAGCCUUGUUCCUUUACCUUCUGCUAUUACUGAUCAUGAAAUUGAAGUACUGCUUUCUGAAUGGAGUAAGAAUGCUGACAUGCUAUUUAGUAUACAUCCUAUGGAUGGUUCGCUGCUGGUAUGGCAUGUGGACUGGCUUGAUGAAUACCAGCCUGGCAUGUUUCGCCAGGUGCAGGUAUCAUUUGUCUCAAGAAUUCCUGUUGCAUUUCCGACGGGUGAUGCAAACUCUCUUAGCAGAAGUAUAGUGAUGUAUGCUUGUACCAAAAAUGUUGACUUAGCUAUUCAACAAGGCAAACAAAAGCCUCCUGGCCUUACGCGAUCUUCAUCUAUGCUUAUCUCUUCUGGACACAGUAAAUCAACCAACAGUUUAAAACUAAGUAUCUUCACUCCCAAUGUUAUGAUGAUUUCCAAACAUGCAGAUGGGUCAUUGAACCAGUGGCUAGUGAGUUUUGCUGAGGAAUCUGCUUUCUCAACUGUACUCAGUAUUUCACAUAAAUCCCGAUAUUGUGGUCACCGUUUUCAUCUUAAUGACUUGGCUUGCCACUCAGUGUUACCACUGCUGCUUACAACCUCACAUCACAAUGCUCUAAUUUCACCAGAUGCUGAGAAUGCAAAACAGGCAAAUGAUUCUAAGAAGUCUCAGGAGUCGCCAAUAAGACUUCAGAGUAGAGGCAAUGCAAACAUGACAUCGCAGGAUCCCAGUGCAGUCUACAGUGAACUUAUUCUUUGGAGAGUUGACCCUGUUGGGCCUUUGUCCUUUUCUGGUGGAGUUUCUGAACUUGCUCGGAUCAAUUCUCUCCAUGUUUCAGCUUUUUCUAAUGUUGCGUGGCUGCCCACACUUAUACCCAGCUAUUGCCUUGGUGCAUACUGCAAUUCUCCAAGUGCCUGCUUUGUGGCUAGUGAUGGACAGCAUUUGAGAUUAUAUCAAGCUGUAAUAGAUGCUAAGAAACUUUUGUGUGAGCUCUCCAAUCCAGAAAUUUCUAAAUAUGUUGGUGAAGUUUUUAACAUCAUAAGUCAGCAAUCUACGGCUCGCCCGGGAUGUAUCAUUGAGCUGGAUGCUAUCACAGAGCUUCAUGGCAGGAAAACACAGUUAUUCCAUGUCUUUCAAGAAGACUUCAUUUUAAAUAACCAGGAGAAGGAAAUAACAGAAAAGAACAACAACUUAUCAGACUCUGGAAACCAGCAGAAUGGAUUCUCUGAAAAAUUCUACUUAAUAGUAAUCGAGUAUACUCAAAACCGUUCAUUGCUACAUAUGUGGCAUUUACAUUUGAAGUCAAUACCUGUCUCAGUAGAAGAUAAGAUAGAUUCAAAUACACCUGAAGAAGCAACACAAACAGAAGAAUUGUGUUCUUCACCAGAUCCAGAGAAGAUCCAGUCACUUUUCACUCAAAAGUAUCAAGCCUGUAGAGCAAACCUUCAGAGCACCAGCUGGCUUACUCUGUCUUCCAAAAUGGUCUACAGUCAAGAAUUGAAUUUGCCAGAAGGAGUAGACAUAAUAAGUGUAAAGCCAUCAGCAGGACAUCUGAGUAGUUCUUCCAUAUAUCCUGUUUGUCGUGCACCAUACCUGCUGGCUACUUCAUGCUCUGAUGGAAAAGUUCGGUUCUGGAGAUGCAGAGUUACCACUGAACCAUCAGCUUCUUCCAUGCCAGAAUACAGCACACAUGGUGAUGUUACAUAUGUAUGGGAAGAAUGGCCAUUACUGAUUGAAGAUGGACUUCUUAGUAGUAGUGCUAUUAAUGUUCCAGGAAGGCCAAAUGAAGUUAGCUGUGCACACACAAACAGAUUAGCAGUAGCAUACAAGCAGGUAACAUCUAAAAAUAGUCAUCUUUCUCAAGAUUUUAUAAUGCAUGUUAGUAUUUUUGAAUGUGAAUCUACAGGGGGUUCUUCUUGGAUUCUAGAACAGACUCUUCAUUUAGAUGAGAUAGGCACCAUGUUAGAUUCCGGUGUUAGUAUUGAUAGUAAUUUAGUGGCAUAUAACCGACAAGACAUUCCUCUGUCUCAUGGUGGGAAUAUUAUGCCCAGCGCUAAGCACUUGGUACACUUAGAUUGGAUGUCUAGGGAAGAUGGUUCACAUAUUCUAACAGUAGGAAUUGGAUCAAAACUUUAUAUGUUUGGUCAGCUGUCUGGGAAAAUGCAAGAACAAAACGGCAAGGAGAUGGUAGCAGUCUCCUAUAGUGGCAGUACGAAGGCUACAACCCUUUCAAGGUUUGUUCUGCUGCGUUGUGUUGACUUGGUUUCAUCUGUAGAGGGCUCACCUCCUUUUCCAGUCUCCUUGUCUUGGGUGCGUGAUGGCAUUCUUGUAGUUGGAAUGGAUUGUGAAAUGCAUGUUUAUUCCCAGUGGCAAUCUCCUUCCAGGCAGGAACUAGUUAGCACAGAUUCAUACACUGGAGGUACACCGUGUAUAGCUAGCUUUAUGAAACAAAGCCAGUCAGCUGCCUCGGGUCUGCAUCCACCAAAGCGAACCUUGACCAGAUCUAUGACCAGCCUUGCACAGAAACUUAGUGGGAAAAGAUCUGCCUGUGAUCUGUCUAUGGAAGUGGAAGAUUCUGGUCUUUUUGAAGCAGCUCAUACAUUAUCUCCCACUUUACCUCAGUACCAUCCAUAUCAACUGUUGGAACUCAUGGAUCUAGGUAAAGUACGUAGAGCAAAAGCCAUUCUGUCCCAUCUGGUGAAGUGCAUUGCUGGAGAAGUUGUUGCUAUAAAUGAAUCUGAACCUAAUCAUGAUAAGAGGCUCAGAUCUCUGACCAUCAGUGCUAGUGGAAGUACUGCAAGAGAUCCCAAAACAUUCAGCAAAACUGAGACUACAGACUAUAUCGAAAUAGACUCUGUUCCACCAUUGCCUUUGUAUGCUCUGCUUGCUGCGGAUGAUGAUUCAUCUCAUUCCUUUUCAGAGAAGUCUAAUAAUCAGAAUAGUCUAAAUAAAAAAGAUAUGCCCAGUGACAAUUAUGACGAUCUCUUUCAAAAUACUGGUAUAAGUACAGAUGAACUUGUUACGUUUGAUGCAGAUGAAGAUGGUUCGAAGCCAAAAGUCAUCGAUCUUUCUCAGUACAGCCCAACUUACUUUGGACCAGAGCAUGCUCAAGUUCUUUCUCGUCACUUGCUUCAUUCAAGCUUGCCAGGUCUGACUAGGAUGGAGCAAAUGUCAUUGAUGGCCUUGGCAGAUACAAUUGCUACUACCAGUACUGACAUUGGAGAAAGCAGAGACAGAAAUCAGGGUGGAGAAACUCUUGAUGAGUGUGGUUUAAAAUUUUUAUUGGCUGUUCGUCUUCACACAUUUCUAACAACUUCACUUCCCCCUGUACAUCGAGCUCAACUGCUUCACCAAGGCUUAUCUACUAGUCAUUUUGCCUGGGCGUUUCAUUCGGUAGCGGAAGAAGAAUUACUGAGCAUGCUCCCUGCAGUGCAGAAAGGAGAUCCAACAUGGUCAGAACUCAGAGCUAUGGGUAUAGGAUGGUGGGUUCGAAAUAUCCAUAGCCUGCGGAAAUGCAUAGAAAAGGUGGCUAAAGCAGCCUUUCAGCGAAAUAAUGAUCCACUUGAUGCGGCCAUUUUUUACCUCGCAAUGAAAAAGAAGGCUGUGAUCUGGGGAUUAUACAGGUCCCAAAAAGAUACUAAAAUGACACAGUUUUUUGGAAAUAACUUUACUGAGGACAGAUGGCGCAAAGCAGCAUUAAAGAAUGCAUUUUCUUUGCUUGGGAAACAGCGUUUUGAGCAUUCUGCAGCAUUCUUCUUGUUGGCAGGACACUUAAAAGAUGCAGUGGAGGUCUGCCUUGAAAAACUGAAUGACAUUCAGUUGGCUCUUGUAAUAUCAAGACUUUAUGAGUCAGAGUUUGAAGUAUCUGCUACUUAUAAAUCUGUACUACAGAAGAGAAUUUUGGGAAAUAUGUUUCCUGGAAAAGACACCUCAGGAAACAUGCACUGUGACCCUUUUCUGCGAAGUAUGGCUUACUGGAUUUUGGAAGAUUAUAGCAAGGCACUUGACACUUUGAUUAAACAUUCUGUUGAAGGUGAUGGAGAUGGCUCAUCGAGUUGUAACCCUGCAGUGUUUAACUUCUAUAAUUACUUAAGAACGCAUCCUCUCUUGUUGAGACGUCAUUUUGGCUCUUCUGAUACAUCUUCCACACACGUUUGCCUAACAGUAGAAAAUGACUUAGCUGACAAAAUCAACCUAGGUGAAAGACGGCUGUUUUUCACCACUGCGUAUGCUCAUCUAAAAGCUGGUUGUCCAAUGUUGGCCUUAGAAGUGUUAUCAAAGAUGCCUAAAGUUGUCAAGAGGUCAAAGUCAUUCUGUAGAUCCCCUAGUUUAAUGAAUACUAGUAAAGAGUUCUCACCAUCUUCUCCGCUUAAAGAGUUGGAAAUAAAAGACCAGUCUUCCAGUGUUGAUUGGUCACAACCAGUAUUGAAUGGUCUAGGUUCAUCUUCAGAUUGUUCAUCAGGAAAACAUUCAAGUUCAACUCUUUCCUUUGACUGGAGCCAGCCAAGUGUGGUGUUCCAAGAUGAACACUUGAAACUGCAGUCAGACAGUGAUGAAAGUGAUGAGAGUGAAGAUUCUUCCCUGGUAAUGAAAGACCUAAAACCUCUGAAGAAAACUGAAAAAUCAUAUGAAACAAGUUCUAGCUACACAGAAUCUUUUAGUGUAGUUGAUGACAAAGAUAUUCUGAGUCCAUCAGAAGAUAUAAUUUCAGCACAGCUGAAGUUUAGAGCAUGCCUUAAAAUUCUUACAGUAGAGCUUCGUACGCUGUCCACUGGUUACGAAGUAGAUGGUGGGAAGUUGAGGUAUCAGCUUUAUCAGUGGCUUGAAAGAGAAGUGGUAGCUCUUCAAAAGACCUGUGAUUAUAGUGUUGAAGAGAUACAGUCAGGAAUUACUGUGAUGCCAGAGGAAGCUACAUUACAUGAAAACAUUGAAGACUUAGCUGACCAGCAAAAAAAUAUGCUGCGGAAAGAAGACUUUCAGAAAAGACGUCAAUGGCUUCUGAAAUAUCAGUCUCUCCUAAGAAUGUUUCUUAGUUACUGUAUACUUCAUGGCUCUCAUGGUGGAGGUUUGGCAUCUGUCAGAAUGGAAUUAAUUCUGCUGUUGCAGGAGUCUCAGCAGGAGCAGUCAAUGCAGAUACCUUCCAGCCCUCUACCAGAACAAAGCUGCAUACCUCUCCUGUUUGCUUGCACAGCUAGUGCCAAAACAGUGGUGGCUAAUCCGUUGCUACAUCUUGGUAACUUAACUCAUGAUAUAUUACAUGCCAUAAUAAACUUUGAUUCGCCACCUCAUCCAGAUACUCAGAACAAUAAGAUAUAUGUGAUGCAUACCUUAGCAGCGUCGCUCUCUGCUUGCAUCUACCAGUGUCUUUGUGAUGGCCACAGCUACAGCUCUUUUCAAGCAAAUCAGUUCACUGGAACAGUGUAUCAGACAGAGCUAUUAACUCAGCGCCAUUCUGUAAGACCAACUUUAGAAGAAACAGUGACUCCCAAUACAUCACCUGCUCAGUGGCCAGGUCUCUCUGUUUUACUUUGUGAAAUUUUAACUGCGGUCUAUCUGAGUCUGUUCAUCCAUGGCCUGGCAACACAUUCUAGCAAUGAGUUAUAUAGAAUUAUGGCUCAUCCACUUAACAACAAAAUGUGGUCUGCUGUCUUUGGAGGAGGAGCUCAUACAUCCAGCAGAGGACAACUGCAAUUGAAGACAAAAGCUGUUUCUUCCUCUGUAGAUGAUGGAGAGAAACAGCAAAAACGUUACAGGCUUUCAUCAAAAACCUCUCCAAAAGAGAGUUCUCAGUCCCCUGCAUUGCCAUUGGUAGACCAAGAAUCUCCAUCUUACAAAGAAAGAUUUAUUCCUCCUGAGCUUAGCAUCUGGGAUUAUUUUAUUGCAAAGCCUUUUCCUCCUUCACAAAGUAGAGUGGAAUAUGAUUCAGAAGAGAGUCAGGAAAGUGGUGAAGAUGAUGAAGAUAUUGAUGGAGAUGUGUUUGCAUCAAAUUCACAUAAUCAAGAGCAUUCUAAUUCAAAUUCAUACAGUUGGUCACUGAUGAGAUUGGCAAUGGUUCAGCUGGUACUUCACAAUUUGAAGACUUUCUACCCUUUGGCUGGACAUGAUCUUUCAGAGCUUCCAGUUAGCUCUCCAAUAUGCCAUGCAGUUUUGAAAACACUACAGCGCUGGGAACAAGUUCUUCUCCGACGUCUUGAGCUAUAUGGGGGUCCACCUCAACAUUAUAUUUCGGUUCAUGCUUCUGAAGAUGCCCUAGCUGCUGGUCCUGCAUUGCUUCGCCAUAAAACUUUACUUGAACCUACAAACACUCCAUUCAGAUCUAACAGUCGUGUUGCACUAUCUGUGAAGAGGCUCUGGCAGUACUUGGUUAAACAGGAAGAAGUCCAGGAGACCUUUAUCAGAAACAUUUUUACAAAGAAGCGAUGCCUAAAUGAGUCAUUAGAGGAGCACAAUGAAACCAUGAAAAAUUCUGUGGUGGAGGAGCCCAUCAGCAAUAAGAUAGAAGCAGAUUUGGGAUACCCAGGAGGCAAGGCAAGAAUAAUCCAUAAAGAAUCUGACAUCAUCACUGCUUUUGCAGUCAAUAAGGCAAAUCGAAACUGCAUUGCAAUCGCAUCGAGUCAUGACAUUCAAGAAUUAGAUGUUUCUGCGAUCUUAGCUACACAGAUCUAUACCUGGGUUGAUGAUGAUGUGGAAAUAGAAAAUAAAGGGGCUGAUGAUUUCUUAGUUAUACAUGCUCGUGAUGAUCUGGUAAACGUUCAGGGAAGCACUCCUUAUACUCAUAGUAAUCCUGGCACACCUAUUAAUAUGCCUUGGCUUGGUAGUACACAAACUGGCAGGGGUGCAUCUGUGAUGCUCAAGAAGGCUAUUAAUAAUGUCCGAAGAAUGGCUUCUCAUCCAACAUUAAAAUAUUACCUGACAGGUGCACAAGAUGGUAGUGUAAGAAUGUUUGAAUGGGGUCAUGCGCAGCAAAUCACAUGUUUUCGGUCUGGUGGCAACUCAAGGGUAACUCGAAUGAGAUUCAAUUACCAAGGAAAUAAGUUUGGAAUUGUUGAUGCUGAUGGGUAUAUAAGUUUAUAUCAAACAAAUUGGAAGUGUUGCCCGCUUACUGGAACUUCACCUAAACCAUAUUUGACCUGGCAGUGUCAUAACAAAACAGCCAAUGACUUUGUUUUCAUCAGUUCAUCAUCUUUGAUAGCCACAGCAGGAUUGUCUUCCGACAACAGAAAUAUUUGUCUUUGGGAUACUUUGGUUUCACCUACAAAUAGCUUGGUGCAAGCUUUUAUCUGUCAUGAUAGUGGGGCAACUGUGCUAGCGUAUGCUCCAAAACAUCAGCUGUUAAUAUCUGGAGGCAGAAAAGGCUUUACAUGUAUAAUCGAUCUUCGCCAAAAACAGCAGCAGCAGUUACUCCAGAGUCAUGACUCUCCAGUCAAAGCAAUUGCUGUUGGUCCUACAGAAGAGUAUUUUGUCACAGGAUCUGCUGAAGGCAACAUAAAGGUAUGGAGUUUGUCUUCGUUUCAUCUUCUUCACACUUUCAUCAAUGAGCAUGCUCGACAGUCUCUCUUCAGAAACAUCGGGACGGGAGUCAUGCAAAUUGAGACAGGACCAGCAAAUCACAUAUUUUCCUGUGGUGCUGAUGGAACAGUAAAGAUGAGAAUCUUGCCCGAUGGAUUUAGCCCUUUAAAUGAUGUGUUGAAAAAUGAUGUGAAGCUUAUGAUCUAA